CCGGGUCGGCAGCUGCGGCCUCCUCUCCGGCCCAUCUAUUUUUAAUGAGCUCCCCAGGCUUCUGCAGCCGGCCGGAUGCAGAAAGGCAGGCCCAAUUGGUGGAGGCCAGGAGCCCCAGGCCUGCCUUGAGCUCUGACCCCCACAUCCGUCUGGGCAUGAGAGGGCAGUCCUGGAGCCCCGCAGCCCCCUGGCCGGGCAGGGCUCUCCAUGCAGCUGGUGCUGAAGAUGGAUUCAAGCCCAGACAAUGACAGCUGGUUGGAGGACCAGUGGGAGCGCUGGCUCACCCACGACAUCAGUCUGGAGGAGUUUGAGGAUGAAGACCUUUCAGAGAUCACUGAUGAGUGUGGGAUCAGCCUGCAGUGCAAAGACACAUUGUCCCUCAGGCCCCCGCGCGCCGGGCUGCUGUCUGCCGGUGGCAGCGGCAACGCGGGGAGCCGGCUGCAGGCGGAGAUGCUGCAGAUGGACCUGAUCGACGCAGCAGGCGACACUCCCGGAGCCGAGGACGACGAGGAGGACGACGACGAGCUCGCCGCCCAACGGCCUGGAGUGGGGCCUCCCAAAACCGAGUCCGGCCAGGAGCCGGCGCCUCGCAGCCACGGCCAGGGCCCGGGCACCGGCAGCGGGGACACCUACCGGCCCAAGCGGCCCACCACCCUCAACCUCUUCCCGCAGGUGCCGCGGUCUCAGGACACGCUGAACAAUAAUUCUUUAGGCAAAAAGCACAGUUGGCAGGACCGCGUGUCUCGAUCAUCCUCCCCUCUCAAGACAGGGGAGCAGACACCGCCACAUGAACACAUCUGCCUGAGUGAUGAACUGCCACCCCAGAGCAGUCCUCUUCCCACCAAGGAUCGAGGCACCUCCACCGACAGCCCUUGCCGCCGCAGCGCCGCCACUCAGAUGGCACCUCCGAGUGGUCCUCCUGCCACUGCACCCGGUGGCCGGGGCCACUCCCAUCGAGACCGAAUCCACUAUCAGGCAGACGUGCGGCUUGAGGCAACUGAGGAGAUUUACCUGACCCCAGUGCAGAGGCCCCCAGACCCUGCAGAGCCCACCUCCUCCUUCCUCCCACCCACGGAGAGCCGGAUGUCAGUUAGCUCUGAUCCAGACCCAGCUGUUUACUCGGCAACUGCAGGACGGCCACACCCCUCCAUCAGUGAAGAGGAUGAGGGCUUCGACUGCCUGUCAUCCCCAGAGCGAGCUGAGCCACAAGGAGGGUGGCGGGAAAGCCUUCGGGAGCCACCCCCGCCUCCACGGGCUUCACUGAGCUCGGACACCAGCGCCCUGUCCUACGACUCGGUCAAGUACACACUGGUGGUGGAUGAGCAUGCGCAGCUUGAGCUGGUGAGCCUGCGGCCGUGCUUCGGAGACUACAGCGACGAGAGCGACUCCGCCACCGUGUAUGACAACUGUGCCUCUGCAUCCUCGCCCUACGAGUCAGCCAUUGGGGAGGAGUAUGAGGAGGCUCCUCAGCCCCGGCCCCCUGCCUGCCUCUCAGAGGACUCCACGCCGGAUGAGCCUGAUGUGCACUUCUCGAAGAAGUUUCUGAACGUCUUCAUGAGUGGCCGCUCUCGCUCCUCCAGUGCCGAGUCCUUCGGGCUGUUCUCCUGUGUCAUAAACGGGGAGGAGCAUGAGCAAUCCCAUCGGGCCAUAUUCAGGUUUGUUCCUCGGCAUGAAGACGAGCUUGAGCUAGAAGUGGAUGACCCUCUGCUGGUGGAGCUGCAGGCAGAAGACUAUUGGUACGAGGCCUAUAACAUGCGCACAGGAGCCCGAGGUGUGUUUCCUGCCUACUAUGCCAUUGAGGUCGCCAAGGAGCCCGAGCACAUGGCAGCCCUUGCCAAAAACAGCGACUGGACUGACCAGUUCCGGGUGAAGUUCCUGGGCUCCGUCCAGGUUCCUUAUCACAAGGGCAAUGAUGUCCUCUGUGCCGCUAUGCAAAAGAUUGCCACCACCCGCCGGCUCACCGUGCACUUUAACCCCCCCUCCAGCUGUGUUCUUGAGAUCAGUGUCAGGGGUGUCAAGAUAGGUGUCAAAGCCGAUGAUGCUCAGGAGGCCAAGGGAAAUAAAUGUAGCCACUUUUUCCAGCUAAAAAACAUCUCUUUCUGUGGAUACCAUCCAAAGAACAACAAGUACUUUGGUUUCAUCACCAAGCACCCUGCUGAUCACCGAUUUGCCUGCCAUGUCUUUGUGUCCGAAGACUCCACCAAAGCCCUGGCAGAGUCCGUGGGGCGUGCAUUUCACCAGUUCUACAAGCAGUUUGUGGAGUACACCUGUCCUACAGAAGACAUCUACCUGGAGUAGCGGCGCCCCCACCCUCUGCAGCCCCCAACCCCAGGCCAGUACUAGGACAGCUGGCUACGGACAAGACGUGGCACUGCCACAAGAGAAUGGGGAAAUGAGGGCUGUUCGGGGGUGGGGCGGGGGUGGGGAGAGGCAGGUACAGUUUAUUGUAAUAUAUGGGGUUAGAUUCAUCUAUGGAGGACAGUACAGGCUCUCUGGGGGCCGGGAAAGGAUGGGGCUGGGAGGUCAGGAACAGACGUACUGCCCUGUCCUGGGCCUUGUUUUUUGCCAGGGACUGCGGCUUCUCUGGCUUGGCUUGGACUUGGCUCCUGCCCUGACAAAGCCCACUCCACCUGGAAGUGCCCAUCAUCCUGUUCCCACCUCACCUAGAGCCCUGAGCUCAGGCUGAACCCAGCCGCCUCCCAAGGACUUUCCAGUAAGGAAAUGACAUACAGGACAGCAAAGACCCUGUUCUCAGCUGGCAUCGUGGGGCCUCCGGGCAGCUCUGACCUCCAGCCUGGCCAGCUUGCUGGUCCUGGCCUGCUUGUGUGCGCAAGGAAGGAGAGGUUACAGCAAGCCCUGCCUUGUAGGGAAAGGCAGUCUCUCAGCUGGCCCCCGCCAAUCCCAUGCUGUCUUGUCACCUGGCGACCACCAUUAAAGUGCCAUUUCCUGUCUG